AUGCUGAUAGUUCUAGGAAUAGUUUCAGCUACUUUGUUAGUGAUUGUUGCAAUUUAUGGCUUAUGUUACUUGAAAAGAUCUUCAAAACAUGAGGUUAAAGACAUAGAAAGCUUAGAAGAAAAACAUGAAGAGGUGAAGGAGGAUUUAAUCAUAUUUGAAGGUGGAGAGGAUUUGACAAUAUGUGAUAUAUUGGAUGCACCAGGGGAAGUGAUUGGAAAAUCAAAUUAUGGAACACUUUAUAAGGCUCUGUUGCAAAGGAGCAACAAGGUUAGGUUAUUGAGGUUUUUGAGACCUGUUUGUACUACAACAGGUGAAGAAUUGGAUGAAAUGAUUGUGUUUCUUGGAAGAUUAAAGCAUCCUAAUUUGGUUCCUCUUUUGGGAUUUUAUACUGGACCAAGAGGUGAGAAGCUUCUUGUUCAUCCAUUUUACAGACAUGGGAAUCUUACUCAAUUCAUAAGAGAUGGGAAUGGUGAGAGUUACAAAUGGACAAACAUACAUACAAUAUCAAUUGGUAUAGCAAAAGGAUUAGAACAUCUUCAUACAUCACAAGAAAAACCGAUUAUCCAUGGAAACCUAAAAUCGAAAAACAUCCUUUUAGACAGUUCCUAUCAACCACACAUCUCAGAUUCAGGUCUCCAUCUUCUGUUGAAUCCAACUGCUGCUCAAGAAAUGCUUGAAAGUUCGUCUGCUCAAGGCUAUAAAGCUCCCGAACUAAUCAAAAUGAAGGAUGCUAGUGAAGAAACCGAUAUCUAUAGCCUCGGCGUAAUCUUGCUUGAAUUGCUUUCAGGAAAGGAACCUAUCAAUGAACAUCCGACUCCAGAUGAGGAUUUCUAUUUGCCGAAUUUCAUGAGAAAUGCUGUUCUUGGACACAGAAUUUCUGAUUUAUAUCAUCCAGCUAUUCUUUUGAGAAACGGCGUAGAUGAUGAAAUUCAAGUGACAGAAGAAUGUGUUCUCAAAUUUUUUCAACUUGCUAUGGCUUGUUGUUCGCCUUCACCUUCAAUUAGACCUAACAUUAAGCAAGUUAUUAGGAAGCUUGAAGAAAUUAUACACUAG